AUGAGGGGAGCCCUGUGGCCGCUGGCGCUGAGCUUCUUCUGCCUGCUGCUGCUGCUGCCGCCGCCCGGCUGCCGGGCUCAGCUGUACGGGCGGCGCUUCGAGGAGCGGGCUUGCCCCGAGCGUUGCGACCGCGCGCGCUGCCCGGAGCUGCCGGCCGAGUGCGCUGGCAGCGGCGAGUCUCUGGACCCGUGCGGCUGCUGCCCGGUUUGCGCCGCGCAGGAAGGCGAGCCGUGCGGGGGCCCUCCGGCCGGGGAGCCGUCGUGCGCCGAAGGGCUGCUGUGCGUGGUGUCGCCCGGCGGGCCCGGCGUGGCGGCCUCGGCCACCGUGCGCCGGCGGGCCAAGGGCGGCCGCUGCGUGUGCGCCAGCAGCGAGCCCGUGUGCGGCAACGACGGAAGGAGCUACGGCAACGUGUGCCAGCUGCGGGCGGCCAGCCGGCUUUCCGAGGGCCAGCGCCAGCCGGCCGUCAUCGCCAUCCAGCGGGGCGCCUGCGGGCAGGGCCAGGAAGAUCCGAAUAGCUUGCGGCACAAAUACAACUUUAUUGCAGAUGUGGUAGAGAAGAUAGCACCGGCUGUGGUUCACAUUGAAUUGUUUCGCAAAUUGCCUUUUUCAAAGAGGGAAGUUCCUGUUGCCAGUGGCUCAGGGUUUAUUGUUUCUGAAGAUGGACUGAUAGUUACAAAUGCUCACGUGGUUACCAACAAGAACAGAGUAAAAGUGGAACUGAAGAAUGGUGAAACACGUGAAGCUAAAAUUAAAGAUAUUGACGAGAAAGCAGAUAUUGCACUGAUAAAAAUAGACACUACGGGGAAGUUGCCAGUCCUCUUGCUUGGACGUUCAGGAGAGUUACGGCCUGGUGAAUUUGUGGUUGCAAUUGGAAGUCCAUUUUCUCUUCAAAAUACCGUGACUACUGGAAUUGUUAGCACCACCCAACGGGGAGGCAAAGAACUGGGACUUAGAAACUCUGAUAUGGACUACAUCCAAACGGAUGCAAUUAUCAAUUACGGAAACUCCGGAGGACCUUUAGUAAACCUGGAUGGUGAAGUGAUUGGUAUUAAUACUCUGAAAGUCACUGCUGGGAUUUCUUUUGCAAUACCAUCGGACAAAAUUAAAAAAUUCCUCACUGAGUCACACGACCGACAAGCUAAAGGAAAAGCUGUAACUAAGAAGAAAUAUAUUGGCAUACGGAUGAUGUCUCUUACUCCUAGCAAAGCUAAAGAACUGAAGGAGCGCCAUAAAGACUUCCCUGACGUCAUUUCUGGAGCUUAUAUUAUUGAAGUAAUUCCAGAUACACCAGCUGAGGCCGGAGGCCUGAAAGAAAACGAUGUGAUUAUAAGCAUCAAUGGGCAACCGAUACUCUCUGCCAACGAUGUCAGUGACAUUAUCAAAAAGGACAAUACACUCAGCUUGGUAGUACGUAGGGGCAAUGAAGACAUUAUUUUAACAGUGAUACCUGAUGAAAUUGACCCUUAAGUAGAAACAUGAGCCGGAUUUCAUGUUAUCUGUUAAUAGCAAGCAGUGGACUGCUUAUAUUAUCUCUGUGCUGGUACAGGAAACAUUAGACUUUUGACCAACAACCUGCAUGUUCAGUGGAAAUGUAUUGGCCAAUAAAAUAAUUUUCAUGUAGUUCUGAGGUACAAAACCGACGCAACCUUCAAGAUGAUACUUCUGUUCUCUAUGUAUGCUUUGUAUUCUCUACAGGCGGCUCCUUUUGUUAAUGUUAUUUCUGUGGUCAACAUCUGAUCCCACCUACGUUGCAAAUGUAUUACUACUUUGAACCUAGGCUUUCCCAAAGUUAAACCACAACUAAACCAUACAUUGCAUUGGUGGUUUCCCCCCCCCCCCCCUUGUAGCUUUAGUCUUCCUGGAAAUACAACUGUUUAUAUGAGUGACAGAUGACUAACAUGUUUGAAAUGCUCACUUGUACACACACAGCCCAAGUGAUAUUUCCUUACUGAACCCAUGCUGAUUUUUUU